AUGAUCAAUAUAAUCAUAACAUUUGCAAUAAUUUACAUCUCAUAUAGAUGGAUGAAAUUCAUAAAUCGUCCAAGUGUUCAAUUGUUUUACAAUAAUGAGAGCCUUAAAAAAGUAGUACAAUCUUGUCCAUCAUUAUCUAAUUAUAAACCGACUCCUUAUCUUAAUGGAUUAUUGCACACUAUAUUAGGUACUGCUGGCUCUAUUUUAAUAGCUACAUUCAAACACCCAUCUGAAAAGCAUACAUCAAAUCGAGAAGUAGUACAUGAAGCAGGAUUGUCCGUCGAUUGGAUUGAUAAAGGGAGUGGCAUCGAUGUUCAACAUCCUCUCUUAUUUAUAAUGCCAGGUCUAACAGGAAGUGUGGAUGAUGGAUAUAUCAACACAAUAGUGUCACAGGCUCAUCAGCACAAUUUUCAUAACAUCUGCAUAUACAAUUAUAGAAUGCUUGCAAAGAAUGCUGACUUCUCGUUCAAACCCGAAUCUUACAACUAUGGGCUGAAGAUGCAACCAAAUCAAUUUAUGAGCAAUUACGUGAGUGAUGGAUUUUAUGGAAUCGACAAUGAUUACUAUUAUUUUGAGGAUGAUGUAAUAGAAGGCAAGAGAGUGCGAAUAGAUUUGGUUGCAGAUCUUCAUUACACUUUGCUAUAUUUGAAAAACAAAUACAAAUUCAAUAAGAUAUUAGCCAUAGGUUGUUCAUACGGAGGUGUCUAAUUGGGUAUGUAUUUGGGACGAUUCGAAGGCAAGGCUCUCAUUGAUGCUGGAGUGACAGUUUGUUCUCCACACAUCAUGAACAUCACUCAAGUCUUUUUGUCCACAUUUAUGAAUCUAAUGUUGUGCAAAAUCCUUUAAAGAGGACUCAAGGCUAUCAAGGAUCAAUUUGCAAAUAGGAACAAUUACCCUAGCAAUUGGACCAUUGAUGUGUAAAAAGCAUUGAAUGCUACUUGGAUUUAAGAUUUUGACACUUAUUACACUUCCAGAGUUUAUGGGUAUCGAACAGCUGAUGCUUAUUAUCGACAUUUCACUUUGAUCAAUCGAUUCCCUUAGGUUUAGGUUCCGAUGUUAUGCAUUUCAGCUGAAGAUGAUGGGGUUUGUCAUCUUAAGGGAUUGGGAAAAGAGGAAAUGAUUCAGAAUGGACGUACAAUAUUGUGUUUGGCCAAGGCUGGAGGACAUAUUGGAUUCUUGGAGGGAUGGAAUGCUUCAUCCUUUUGGUUCCCGAAGCCAGCGAUCGAAUUUCUUACUUUUCACAGUUGA